AUGUCCUGGACAGAUAGAAAAAGCAUUAAAAUUGCCGAAGAAAAAGUUUAUUUUUUCGGUAAAAGUUUAGCUGGUAUUAAUCAGCAGCUGAAAUCCGUUUUCAACAACUAUGCUGUCAAAACAGAGAAGGAGAUUGGUGUUGAAUACACUGACACCUUCACAACUUUAUCAGAGAAUAUUGGUAGUGUGGAUCCUCUGUUCAACUAUCUGUUUCACUCUAAGCCUAAUGAGAAACUAACUCCAGCCAUGUUAGACGAAAUCUUGGAUUUCAAUAAACCCCAGUCUCUUGAUAAUGAAACUGUCAUCCGCUAUGUGGAUUUGGCCCUGAUUCUCGGAAGAGAAAACAAAGCUCUUGAAUUUGUGGAGGCUCACAAGUUGGACAUCGAUGUAAUCAAUGUUUUGAAUCAAAAUAAGGCUAUCCCUGAAAUCUGUGGAGAACAGGUUCAGUACUACAAAGCCUUAUCCAACUUCUCAUUCCUCAAGAAAAAUGCACCAAAUAACUUGAGGGAAGCAGUUAGUCUCACAACGUGUAUUGCUGACAUGCUCAUCUCUAUUAUGGGAAAACAGUAUGGAGUUACCGAACUAUGGAAACAAGGAUAUUGCUGGGAUGCGUUCGUUCUCUGCAGGCUAACUACCUCAUUGAAAUUCCGUGACAUGUUCACCCCGCUGGUCUUACCAUCGUUGUGUAAUCGUUUAUCUGCGCUUCAGCUCUUAUGUGAUAUUAAUCAAGCUGAUAAGCAGAUGAUGAACAUUCGGCUGUUGAGUGCGAUUGGCUCCGUUUUGUCCUACCGAAUUCUGAAGUGCACUUUCUCGCAUCAAGAGAAGAACCUAGUGGAUAUGGAAGAGAUAGUUUCUGCUCGCAUGGAUAUAUCUACUGCCUUGCAAGAAAUUCUGAUCAAUUGUCUCUGCCUAGGAGAGUAUGAUCAGUGUAAAGAAAUUUUGAAUGACUUUUUCGGCACGGUCUCGAUGCAUAUUCUGGGCGAUAUGUUCUAUGGACUGGAGAAAAUCUAUUUCAAGAAAACAAUGGAGUUCGUUGCCAGUGUGUCAGAAUUGGUAAAUCAUGCACAAUCAUUUGUCCAAUCCAAACUCUUGAAACAAAUUCCACCUUCCCCUAAUGGGUUGCUUGCUACUUUCUUGAAGUUCUGGUUGGAUUCGGAGAUGUAUCAGCAGGGGAACAAUGAACACCGUGUAGCUGCCACGAGGGGUAUUCUGUAUAAGUUGUAUGCUAUUGCUAAAAAAAAUAACUAUAAGAAUGGAGCUCUAGUAAUCGCUCUGGCUUAUUGUAUUACAACCUCAAGCGAAUGUAAUUUGUACAAAUCCGUUUCAAGUUUGGGCGUUUCCGAGGAAAACGCUACUAACUUCAUAACAGCUUUGAGAUCUGAUCUCACCAAAAGUAACACUGAUCAGAAUCUGACUGAUGUAUUCCGCAAGAUUGACCGCUCGCUCUUCACGGAAGAAUCUGAUGUCAACAUAUUCACAACCUUGGACUCUCGAUGUGGUGAUCUGCUUGAUAGUAUUGGACUCACCCUGGAAAGCAUCCUCCGUGAUCGCAGCUGUGUUCUCGCCAACGAAAAUACGGGAAGAGCGUCUCCUGCUGAUGUAGAGAAGACUAAUACAUCGAGUAGAUGCUCUUCUGUGGGUGGAUUUAACCAGACUGUCAACCACUUCAGUUAUGAAUCUACAGAUCAGAUCUAUAGUAAAGGAAAUGUUACUGAUAACGUCAGUAGUGGAAGAGGGUCUUCACUUUCGCAGGAUAAUGUUGUAUCGAAUGGAGAUGGGUUUGAGUCUAGAAGACCGUCGGAGUGGGCUGAGUUCAGGAGGGUUUCCGAAUCUGAUUCUAGGAGGCAGUCUGAAUGUAAGGGGUCUUCGGAGGCUGAGUCCGAGUCUGCUGCGCGAUCUGCAUACCGUACGGGAGGGUUCGGAAAUGCUUGUAAUCAUACUGGAUUUAAAUCAGAAAUAUCUGCCCAAUAA